AAUUUUAAUAACAGGGGAGGCAGCAUCUGAUGUUGUUUUUUCUUAGCCACCACAGAACUCUGUAUAGAUAAGAGGAAAUUAGAUUUUCAAGGUUCUUGCAAUGAAGGUUCUCAAUCCUUGCACUCUUGUUCUUAUGAACUCCAUUGCUGUUCCUUCUCGUUCUCUUCCUUUCAUAAAGUCCUUCAGAGCUUCUUCAAAAUCAUUCCCACCAUUGACAUGCUUCUGCAGCAUCAAUAACAGUAACAGUUCAGAGUCAGAAGAGAAGAGGGUUUCUCUGUCUGGGAUUGUGAACGAGCAAGUUGAGGAGCUUCUGAGCAAAGAAGAGAACAAGUCACUGCUUGAUGGCUUGGAGAAGGCUUCUCUGAGGGUUGACAUGGCUAAGAAACAACUUGCCAUCAUUGAAGAACAAGAACUUGCUGCUAAGAAGUUCAGGGAUUAUGUCAACAAGCUUGAAAGACAAGCUUCUGAGAUUGCAGAAUGUCAAAGAGAAAUAUCUGAAGCAAAAGCCCUGGUUGAGGAAGCAGAACGCGCACUCUUAGUAAGCGAGAGUGGAGCUGAAGAUGGCGAAGAAAUUGACCGGGACAAAGAGAGAUUGGAGUCAGUGAAAGCAGCAUCCAUUGCUGCCCUUGUUGGCACCCUUUCAGGGCUCCCCAUAUGCCUCACUCAGGUCACAGACACUACUCAGCUGCUUCUCCCUUUGGCUAUCAACUUCAUCAGCUGCAUAUUGUUUGGAGUAACUUUUCGAUAUGCAGUAAGGAGAAACUUGGAUGAUGUUAAUCUUAAAACAGGGGUAGCCGCUGCUUUCGGUGUUGUUAAAGGUCUUGCAACCCUGGGUGGUGGACCAGUUCUUGAACUGAACCUUGACAGCUUCUUAUCACAUGCCCUAGAUGGAACCAUUUAUGUAUCUGAGAGUUUUUUCAUUUUUGUCUGUGCUGCUGUUGCUCUAGAUUACUGUUUCAAGACAAGGCUUUUGAGCCCUUUUCCAAUUGAUAGAUCCAUUUAGUAACAA